GAAGUGGAUGCAAACCUGGUGAAAAAGGUUCAUUAAAGGUGUCAGUCCCUAAAACAACUGUAAGACAAGACAAAAAUGACGUGAAGUGACUCUCGUGGAUGGUGCAGCGAGAAGCACUACCAUUAUCGUGUGUUUAUGUUGACUGCUGUUGCAAUCUUCAUAAUUAUCUGAAUGCAUUUCCGUCCAGCCUUUUGCAUUACCAGACGAGUCAAUAAUAGCAACUAGAACACGCUUAUGUGUGUUAUAACUUAAAUGUUUACAGGGCAUCACUGCACGGGGGACCACCAAGCCCCUUGAGACAUUCCCAGCGACCCUCCAUGUGCCAGCCUUUGAGCAACACCCACCCAGGAUGUCCUACAGCCACACCAAUGGCACAAGUGGGGCUCGAUAGUGAUGUCAGUUUACCGGAAGGUGAGCGUAUAGUGAGUGAGUCACCCGCCUGUCAUCCAUCCUCACGCGCCACUCCGCCGCCACCACUCCACUGCGGGACUCCACAGCCGCCACAAGUCUACUAUUUUCCUAGAGAUGAAGAGCCGCCUGACCAGUGGCGCAGAGAAGUGAGUGUGUGGAGUGUCAAAGAAGUGCGUCGCCUUGCUCAUCCACUAAAUAGAACCGCGACGUGACUCAUGAUAAUGCCGCGGUGAGUGUGGCAGGUAGAGGAGGCACGCCUCGCUUCUAUCAGUGGUGAGAGGGAUCGCUGGCACGGUGACGAACCAAUUAAAGACCAGAGCAGUGAGUGCAGGAACAAGCAACAGUGUGACGCGAGACUGACUUCCUACCAUGGCGCUGCCCCACAAGACAGCUGUCUCCCUCAUCCCCCUGCUACUGUGCCUCCGUCUGCCGGGCAUAGCAUGUGCUGGAACCCUACAAGAACUGCCCAGUAAAGAGAAAUUGGGCGGCGAGGUAUGGGCGUCCCUGGAAGCUGAGAUACACACAGUAGGACAGCUGCAGGAGGCUGAUGAUGAAACAGCAACAGAAGAGGGCUCAAACCUGAAGGUAAACAUGACGCGGGAAAGAAAGGAAGAGGACUACGCCGGAGAGAAUGAAGGGAGGACAGGAGAGGAGAAACCAGGAGCACAGGAGGAGGCUGCCCAAGGAAUCAUAGAGAGUAGUGGCUGGUUCAUGGGCGCUCUUAACGUGACCACCCGCCCUGUUGUCACCUGGUCACGCCGCGCCGCCGUCCGCCGCCCACUGCCUCUCACAACGGAGCAAAAGGAUGUUGAGGAGGAUGACGUGCUUCUGACGGUGACGUUCAUGAAGGAGGGUCAUCCACUUAUCCUGGACCUGCACCCCACCAGGGACUUGCUGGCAGCGUCCUACAUGGAGUCGAAUGGUGAGGCUACAGGGGAAAACACACUUCCGGGGGAGACGCGGGCGCUGCCGUGCGAGUACCAAGGCGUGGUGAGGGGCGUGGAGCAGUCGUGGGUGGCGCUGUCCGUCUGCAGUGGUUUGAGUGGCGUGGUGGGGAUGACCCUGGAGGGAGGCGAGGAGGUGGAAGUGUUGGUGGAGCCGUCGCCGGGAUCCACAACCGUACAUCAGCCACAUAGGGUAUUCUCCUCCACCUUCCUGAGGCAGUCCAAGGGAACAUGUGGAGUGAAGGACGCCAACUCAAACGCAGAAGUGGAAGACAGCCAUGGGGACACCUUCACUCACCACCACACAAGGAACAACACCUCAGCUUUCCCUCCACACCGGGCGCGCCGCUGGGUAGGACUGGUUGGAGACUCGCUGUGGUUCAAAAAGAAGACGAGGUUCGUGGAGCUGGUGCUGGUGGUUGACCACGCCUUCUACACAACUCACGGUGCCAACACACGCAGCCGCUGCAAGACUCUCGUCAACAUUGUGAACGCGGUGUACCGUCCCCUGGGUGUGGUGGUGGUGCUGAGCCAUCUGGAGGUGUGGGAGAGCGGGGACAAGAUACCUGUCACCGCCAACUACGAACAGAACCUCGCACAUUUCAAGAAGUACCGCCUGGAGAUGAUGGAGAAGAAACCUCACUACAACAACGACAACACCAUGCUGCUUACGACCGUCAACUUCAAGGGAAGGACUGUCGGAUAUGCCAUUGUCUCCGGGAUGUGCAAGACGGAGAACUCUGCAGGCGUGGUGCAGGACAAGCGGGAUCACGUGGGCGUGGUGGCCUACACUGUGAGUCACGAAAUGGGCCACAACUUCGGCAUGAAACAUGACGGGCCGGAGUGUCGCUGCGCCACGCCUUUCUGCAUCAUGAGCGGCACCGGCAGCGAUUCCUUCAAGCCGCACGUCUCCUGGAGCUCCUGCAGCCAGCAGGUCAUCGAGAAGAAUGUCGAUUCUGAAUCCUACCAGUGUCUGAUAAACGUGCCCACGCGCAUGUACCCGCGCUCAAGCUGCGGCGACGGCGUAGUGGACUACGGCGAGGAGUGUGACUGCGGCCCCAAGGAGUUCUGCGACAAUCCUUGCUGUGUUGCCGCCACCUGCAGGUUCGCCGUCAACGCCACCUGCGCCUCAGGACCUUGCUGCGACACAAAGAAGUGUCAGUUCAAACCUGCAGGCGUAGGGUGUCGCGAAGCCUUCACGGAGUGUGACCUCCCUGAGUUUUGUUCCGGUAACUCCGAGUCCUGUCCUGAAGAUUUCACCAAGGCAGACGGAACCCCGUGCGACAGGAGCCAGGGACACUGCUACGAGGGCCGAUGCGGCAGCCACGGGGGCAUGUGCCGCGCCGUGUGGGGACAGCACGCCGUGGAGGCGGAGGAUGCAUGUUACUCCAACCUCAAUAAGAGGGGCGGAACGAACGGCAAUUGUGGCUUCAAGGGACACACCAAGGACGAGCUGCUGCCUUGCCAGGAUGGGGACGUACUUUGCGGUUCUCUUCAUUGUCUGGCGGGGCAAAACGCCGUACCCGUUCUCCGUGUAGCUAUGAAUUACGGCACCUUCACCCUGGCCCGCCAUCAGUGUCAGUACGUCGUGGCCUCCAGAAAAUUGCUCGAGAGGUACUGGCUCACCCCAGACGGCGCCAAGUGUGGCCAAGGCAAGAUGUGCCUGAAGCAGAAAUGCGUGAACAUCUCGGAGCCCUCCGGUGACUGUCGCGGCGGGUGUUCUGGUCACGGUGUAUGUAACUCCCUCAACCACUGCCACUGUGACCCAGGGUACGCGCCGCCUGACUGCUCCAGGAAGGGCGAAGGAGGCUCCAUAGACAGUGCACGCACUGGACGUGGCCGAUACAUAGACCCGCUGUGGGAGGCACUCUUUGUCCUGGCCCUGCUCGCCCUGGGCGUCGCCAUCCUCCUCUGCUGUCUGUGGAGUCAUGUCCGUCGUUGGUGGGAAGCGCGUGGGCGCGCCAGCACUCUGCCCUGCUGCGCCCGCUGCCUCGACGCCUGCUGCUGUCCUCUCAUGUCGCUCAUCACGGACCGCUUGUGCACGAGGAAGAGAAAUGAAAAGGUGACCAAGGACGCAAAGCAAGCGUGGGAACAAGACAAGAUGAUCUGCCGGGUGGACCUCGACCUCAAAGACAAAGACUCUCACACUUACUCCUGGGGCGUGGCGAACGAAAAGCUGGUGACGGAAGUGGUCACCAUGAAGCCCAGCUUCUCACCAGACUUCAGGAGAAAAAUCCAGCUUACCUCCCGCCACUGUGCUCCCCACACCCUGGCGCCGCAGACUGUCGACCACCCCGCCUACAUACACUCCAUCUCGGUGGACUCUGGCUGCGUCUCUGAUGUGGAGGAGGCAGUGGUGGAGCCUUAUAACUCCCGCGUGUCCAUGAAGAGCUUGGUCAGCCUUUUCAAAAAGUUUGGUACGCGCCAAGAGAAAGAAGCCUCGCCGCCAAAGACGUACGAGCGACAGCGUUCCGUGCCCUUGCGGCGCCUUAUAGUUGACCCGCUGGCAGGAAGCCACAGCUCCAGACAAGGUACUCCUUCCCCGGACAACGCGAGGCUGGGGUGGAGCCGCUCCGUAUCUCAAAACGAAAAGUCCGCCUGCACGGGCCGCCCAGGCGGACUACCGCCUCCGCCCCCUCUGGCGACUGAAAAACCUUACACGAAGAAAGACAAGUCACCACACGGGUGCAAGUCAACGCGCCAGGAAGACGUCCGCCCACAAUCCCCUCCCCUCAGACCAGCGCCCACACCAGCGUCCGCGCCCCAUCACGCACCCUCAUGGCAGCAAAGAAGGCCCAUGAUGCCUCCAGGAAAGAAGCAAACAUCCACCACCAUAAAGACACAAUCGAAAACUGAGAUCACCACAAAGAUCAAUGUAUCGCAACAAGACAAGGCUCCCCAAACCUCGCCUCCAAGACGCCCUCUUCUGCCGCCAGGUAAGGGAUCAGAACCUGCACGGGCCGCCAAGCUGCCCAAGGCCCCUGACGCAUGUUCCAAGCCGCGAGCCGCCGAGAAGGCCCCUCCUCCCCACACGACGGGCGGGAAAGUCAAGGAUUUAGCCAAAAAAAUAGAAAAGCAACGACAAUGACGACAGUAUUCGCUCCUCCGCAGCCUCGCACAAGAGGAUGCGCUAGUGUGUAUUUAUCUCACUGUUUCGCUUCUCUCUCGCGCGUUUCCUUCACCAGGCACACCUUGCACUGGGUUGCUUGGCUCGUGCACAUCGUACCACACCACGUCAGCAGCGAACCGAGACGCUCAAAAACGUAAAGGGGAGAAAAAAGGUGACACUAAACAAAAACGAAAAAAAAAACUAAGAAAUACACCAACUAACAAAGACUGCCAUAAACAAAACAGGUUCUACACGAGUUGUCCUCUCUGUUUUAUUCAUUAAGGUUACUGAGGACUGUAAGGAUUUCUUAAAACAAUGUCAAUAGUAGUAGUAGUAGCAGUAGUAGUAGUAAUAAUAGUAGUAGUAGUAGUAGUAGUAGUAGUAGUAGUAGUAGUAGUAGUAGUAGUAGUAGCAGCAGCAGCAGCAGCAGCAGCAGCAGCAGCAGCAGCAGCAGCAGCAGCAGUAGUAGUAGUAGUAGUAGUAGUAGUAGUAAUAGUAGUGUCAAAUAAUAUGUAAGUUUUUGUUAAUGCACAUAAUUUUUGUUACACUGUAAAUAAAAUGUUCUGCUA